CACCCGCAGGUCCCCCGCUGCUCGCCGCUGGAGCUGCUCUUCCUUCCCGCGCGCGCGGGGCGGGGUGCUGGACUCUGAACUGCCACGACUGCAGAGUCGCCGCCACCUGCGGCCACCCGGGCUCGAACGGCCCGGGACGACACUGCGUGCCCUCCUCUUGCUGCAGUCCCCCGCGGGAGGGGCUGCGGUGGGUUGCGGGGAAAGAGGCUCAGACAAGGUUUUGGCCCAGGAAGUUACAUAACUCUGAUAGGCGGGCCUGGACUUAACCUACAGCAGAGUCAUUUUUCCCCCUCCGCACUCUUCAGUCUGGCUGGCAGGGCUCUCUGGUGUUGAGACCCCUGGGACGUAAAAUGCUGAGUGGCCAUUCUUUUAGUGCGGCGUUGCUGAUCCGCAUCCUUCUUGCUGUAGCUGCAGAUGCUGUCGGACACCUUCUUUGUCUCCUCCAGUCCUUAACCCACCUCUACUUUCCUUCCUCUGCCUUCAGCUUCAACAAGAAAGUGAAGGAGUACCAGAUGUGGGAAACACACUUAUAAAAGUGUGUUUCAAUAUAAGGGUCCUAUGCUUCAUCAGGUGAUAAAGCUCUUACAGUCAAAAUACCAGUACAGAGAAGAGGCGAAAGUCAUCUGCGAUAAAGUUCAAGUUAAACUCAGCAAGGAAUGCUUUCACCCUUACAGUACCUGCAUUACAGAUGUGAGGACUGCAUACUGGGAAGAAGCCAUCCAGGAGACCAGAGGUGGUGCUAACCAUAGGAAACUGGCAGAGGAAUGUUAUUUCCUGUGGAAAUCUACGCGUUUACAGCAUAUGACCCUAGCAGAAGACGUCAAAGCCAUGCUCGCUGAACUUCGCAAAGAGGUCCGCCUACUCUUGUUAACAAACGGUGACAGACAGACCCAGAGGGAGAAGAUCGAGGCUUGCGCUUGCCAGGAUUAUUUUGAUGCUAUUGUUGUAGGAGGAGAGCAGAAAGAGGAGAAACCAGCACCUUCCAUAUUUUAUCACUGCUGUGAUCUCCUUGGAGUGCAGCCAGGGGACUGUGUGAUGGUUGGCGACACACUAGAAACCGAUAUACAAGGAGGCCUCAAUGCAGGACUGAAAGCCACAGUCUGGAUAAACAAGAGUGGGAGGGUGCCGCUGACUUCGUCCCCCAUGCCUCACUACAUGGUUUCCUCCGUGCUGGAGUUACCUGCUCUCUUACAAAGCAUAGAUUGCAAAGUCAGCAUGUCUGUGUAACACACAGAAGAACACAGCAACCAAGUGCAGAGCCAUUUACAGGGUUAGAACUAAUGAACGCCAAGGCAUUCUGUGUUUGGUUCAGUUCUAAGAGUGUGAGUGAGGGAUUCACUGCCAUGUUGUGAAGAGCCUCCCAACUCCCACCCUGCUGCUGUUGAUAGCCAUAGGCUGUUUUCAUAUCUGAGAUCCAGGUUUUUUGUGUAGUCCAGAAAACUUGAAGAAGGCAGGGUAGCUUACAUGUGGAUGUGCAUGUACUGGUUUAUAGCAUAGAUAUUUUUUUAAAAAAUAGAUAUUCUAAAAUAGAGAUUCAAGCAACUGAAUUGGGUUGGUAUAAGUACUAAAUCAUACAAAUUAAAGCAUUUCAUAGUGAAAUUUUACAUGUUUUAGACAAAUUUUUUGUUAAUAUUUUGCCUACUUCCAGUGUGAAUGUUCUUAUCUAUUAUCUAAUUUUUCUGCAUGAUUUUUGGACUAAAUUUUCUGUGGUGUGAACAUGACAAAUUGUUAUAAUUUUUUUUAAAAAAACUAUUAAAAAUAAACCCAUGGUGCUCUUUUU